AUACGACAUGUCGUAAAAAAAUUCCGUUAACAACAGCAAAAACCGAGAUGGACACAAACGAAGACGCUUGGCAGUUUUUGUUCUUUAUCUGAAAUGUGUGUCUAUUUCGGCGCCCAGGACCGCUUGUGAACAUGGAGGCCAUGGAGGAGGACAGUUUGGACGUAAAAGACGACCACAAUCACAACUACUGUGCGAGCGGCAGCAGUAAAGUCCGGCCGUAUCUUAGCAGCCAGCUGUCGGAUGUAACGACGGUCCCGCAGCCCGUCUGUGCGACGGUGCCGGGCGGAGAAUCAGGGAGUCGGCAGGGUAAACUGUGGUCCGGUGGCACCGGCGGGUCAAAGUUAAUGGACUCGGAUACCGGCAGCGAGAGCAGCGAAGUCAGCGAGACGGACUGUGCAGCUCCACCAGCCGCUACCGGGGGAAAAUUCUCCCUCGAUUCGACUUCCAAGUUCCUUCUGAAUGCAAUGGCUGUAGAGGACUACAGGAAAAACCACUGGCCAAACCUGGAGAAGGCCAUUGACCGUCUGCUGAUCCAGAACCCCACAGACCACAUCUCAGUCUCCUAUGCACAGAUAUACAGUUACAUCUACAAAUGUGUUUGUCAGCAGCACUCCGAGCUGCUCUACAGAGAUCUGUCAUCGAAAAUAACCAGUCAUCUGCAGGAGGUUUCCACCCAUCUACAAGCCAGCCCACCCGAGAACUUCAUUGAGAACUUCAAUAUUGUUCUGACACAAUACACAGCUUCUCUUCAAUGUAUAGUUCCUGUAUUUAUGUACUUGAACAAGUUCUACAUUGAGUCCAAAUUAAACAGGGAUCUAAGAGAGGAUCUGAUGAAGCUGUUCGCCGAUGAAGUUGCAGAAAAACAUGUGAACACACUGAUGCCUCUUCUCAUCAAAGCCCACUCCAUGCCCUUUCAAGUGCAGCCAUCAACAAUGGCCAGCGUGGUGAAGGGCCUCUACAGCCUACGACCAGAGUGGGCCCAGCUAGCUCCAGCUCUCUUCUCUGGGUUUAUUCCCCAAAUCAACCCUCCUGCUGUGGAGUCUCUGCUGUCUGAUUACGCUGCUCAUGACCAGAAGCUACAGAUGGAGCUCUCUAUGAACGGAUUCCCACGAGGUGACCAGUCUCGCAAACGAGCCAGCGAAGACUCCUGAUAGCAGGGCCGGCGUGUCCAGCUUUGUUGCACGACUGUUACUGUGCCUCCUACAUCUCUAUCACAAGUGGUCUCCCUGCACUAGGUACAAUGCUAACGGUGUAUCAGUUUCAUUUCUCUUGGCUCAAGGUCACAAAACACUGUGAACAACAAAGAGAACGUGAUGUUGAGCAGAAGCUUAAUCUUUCUGCACUGAACAAAAGCACACAGACUUCCAUUAUGGUGCUUCCCCCUGUGAUUAUGAUGCAUCUAGCUUCAGUAAGCGUGUGCGCUGAGAUGGAUUUCCUCAUGCUCUGCUCAUUUGAAGAGUGCCUUCGUGGUGUCUGUUUGAUUGGAUGCCCUGACACGGGAUAGUUUUACGAUGGGUAUUUCAUUCCUAACCUUUAACAUGGAAGUGUCUUGUGUUGUUUUUAUAAACGGGGCUAAUCAAGACUUUCUAUUGCUGCUAAUAAUACUGUCCACAUGUUAAUACCACAAAUCCUUUGGUUUCACCCACUGUGUUUGUAACCCAGUGGCUACAAUCAACACAUGAGCGAGGAAAGAAGUUGCAACUAAGUCAUUAACCUCAACUAUAAUUCUCUUCCUCAUGUUGCCUUUACUGCAUUGGUAAACCAGAUUGUAUUUUCCAGUUAUGCCAAAGAGGAUUGCAGUACUUUGUUUUUGUUUCCUUUAUAUACAAGGCAUUGGACUCGAGCUGACAUGCUGUCCAAGUCACUGAGCCAUUUAAUUUUUUUUGUACUAACAAGUUUUGAGCUUUGGUUUACCUGCGUGUUUGUUAGGCUCGAGUCAGAAUCUACCUUUAAUUACACAGUGUGCAACAGAAGCAGAGCAUCCCUUUGCAAUCUCUCUUAAAUGUUUCAAAAUGUAUUCAUUUUUGAAUCUGUAAAAUAAAAUAAAAAAAAUCCCUGUUUAGGUUUAUUAUAUUAAACAUACUGGCUCACUAUAGGAGCUCAUUGCAGCAAGAGUCAGUAUACCUUUAAUUACUGAGAAUCAGAUCUUGCUUUUCUUGUUUUUCAUUACUUCAUAUGUCCACUUUCACAUUUGAUGACAGACUCAAUCCUCCUCUGCCUGGAGGAUACCAGUGUAGCACAAAUGUCCAGCUCUUUACUGAAGGGGUUGUGUUGCUCUACCGUUCUCCUUAAAUACUCCAAAGGUUUUGUAUCGGAUUCAAGUCAGGUGUCAUUUUUGCCAGUUCAUAGUUUUCAGUUUGUUCUGUUCAUGUUGUCAGCCAGUGUUUUGGUAUAUGCACAGCAAGUAAUUCAUGGUGCUUCUAUAAACAUCACCUCCAGCAGCUUUUGCACUCAUGCAUACCAUAUCUAUCAUCACCCUUCCACCUCCAUGCUGCUUCACUGUCAGGACUAUUCAUUCACUGUGGUAGUACUGAGCAGAUCCACACUGAACAAGCUGGACCCCAUCUUAGGCAAACAAAUUUAUCUUGGUCUCAUCGGAACUUUUCAUCAGGCUUCCUUUUGUGUGUGUGUGUGUGUGUGUGUUUUUUUUUGUUUGUUUUUUUAGCAAAGUCUAUUCUUGGAAUCUCGUGCCAAAGGGCAGGCAAGCAUUUAUUCUUCAGUGCUGUCCACAGAAGUUGAUGUUAUGAAUUUUUCUUCACACUAUCUGAGCUGUGACAGAAAUUUUGACUUAUACCCUCUGUGUCUAGUCUGAAACACCUGCCUGUUGGUUUUUAGGAGGUAGCUUGUGGAAGUAAUACAAAGCCCAUGGUGUUAUUUUUUUAAGGACAACUCCUGCAGCUCUGAUUAGUGGUACUCGUUCAGUUCCUCCUGAUUACUUCCACAUCUAGUUAGUCACCGAUGUUCCUGUAUUGUUUUCUGCCUUUGUGACGUCUCACAAUUAGAUUUUUCAAAUUCUCUGGCAUUUUUUCCCAAGUUGAGCCAUGAUGCAGAUAGACAGACUGCUGAUCUCAUUUAAAUUUUUUAUUUUUUUUUGCAGUUAUGUUAUCAUGGAUUUAUUUCAGUUUUUCAUUUUUGUUGCAAAGACUUUAUUUGUCAACUUAUAAAAAACGGAAUUGUCAAGGAGUGACACAAUUUGGACUAUUUUAACACUAAAGGGGUUUUGUACAGGGGUGUUAUACUUCUGUAAUAUACUGUAGCCUAUUUGACUUUUCACUGAGCAUCAGGAAGCUUAGAAAACUACGGAAUAGUGUUUGAUACCCUCAUUUUUACUUUAGCUUGCCUGAAUUGCCCCAAUUCUAAGCCAGUGUUUCACUGAUUAAAAAAAAAAAAAGAAUGAUAUGCAGAUGUUGUUUUGGUCUGGCAUUAAAUGUUCCUAACAUGUACACUACCGUUCAAGAGUUUGGAGUCGCUUAGAAAUGUCCUUAUUUUUGAAUGGAAAUGAAGAGUGCAUUAAAUUAAUCAGAGAUACAGUCUAGACAUUGGCAAUGUGGUAAAUGACUGUUCUAGCUGGAAACAGCUGAUUUUUAAUGGAAUGUCUACAUAGGGGUACAGAGGAACAUUUCCAACAACCAUCACUCCUGUGUUCUAAUGCUACGUUGUGUUAGCUAAUGGUGUUGAAAGGCUCAUUGAUGAUUAGAAAACCCUUGUGCAGUUAUGUUAACGUGAAUAAAAGUGUGGCUAUUCAAGGAAAACAUGAAAUUGCCGAGGUGACCCAAACUUCUGAACAGUAGUGUACACCCUGUUCAUGAUGUAAAUAGUUUUUGUCUCUUCGUAGCGCUCCAUGUACAUGAGCUUUUGUCACAGAUGUAUUUUUUUUCUUGUUGUUAAAGGAUUCACUUGAAAUAGAAGCAUUUGAUACAAGUUCUUACACUGUUUUAAGUGUGAUUAGAUGCUCAGGCUUGCUUUUUUGUUUGGUUCUCGUCAUCUUUCUAAUAAACUAAUUUCAUUAAUCAUGGGACAGAGGACAUGGAGGUGAUUCUGUUUUUCAUUACUCAUAAUUUAAUUGGGUCUUGAGAAAUGUUGAUCUCAUCAGUAAAUAUGCAUUACAGGAAAAAAAACUGAUACCACAGAGGGAAAUCUGAAUCAGUGCUGAUGCCAAACACUGGAUGUUCUAAGUUACUUGUAUCACUUUUUCUUUAACAUGCUAUAUCCACGUUAUGACUACUGUGAAUAAAAGUCCACUUGCCUCAAAA